AUGCCCGAUUUAAGUCCAAUUUUGGGCAAACAUGUUACGUUUCCGCUGAUGUGCUGUUUCCUGUAUCUCAUUUACAAGGAUUUGGCAGCGGACGGCGAAAAAAGUGCGGUUGUGCGUAAGAAGAAGCGCCCUGAUGAAAAUGAUUGGAAGUCAGGUAUCAUUUUGGCAGACCAAGUGAGUGCGAGCGAUACAUUGUGGGAACAAACUAAACCGUUUCCGUACCAACCUUUCAAAGCAGGUGAGUACAAACUCAAUAUGGGCAUAAGAACAAUUCCGGCGCAGGACUGGCUCGUUCUCGAUAACACAUACAAAACCAGGAUUGAGGCCAAAUGGGAUAUUGUCCGAGAAAACUACCACGACGUUAUAUUCUAUUUGGAUCCUGCAAUGGUCUCAGCAGGAAAGAGUGCUGUGGGUAGUAAAAGUGAGAAGGACCCAUUGUAUUCAGAAACGCUCAUCAGCGAUCGAGACGUUAAAACUUGCGAAAUUGCACUGUGCGAACUUUACGAAAACAUUGUGGUAUUUCUACUACAGCGGUAUCCACAGAAUUUCAAGGUUUCCCAGCGACCUUCCAAGGACUCGCCUGGCGUCCUGCACAAUACCAUCGUCGACGAGUAUCAUCCGGUCGAUCCACUUAAAUACAUGGAUCUCCCAGAGAGCACGAUAAAUGCUCUCGAUUUUCGAUGCAAAGAUGCAGAAGUAAUACCAUCUUCGUUCUCCAACUCAGAUUCCGACAAAUCCAAGACCGACAGUGUCGGGUACAGAUGUCUGAUUUCAUGUGCGCGAACACGAAGGGCACACGAAUUGAUUCUAGCGCUCAGCAGACUUGUGGAGGAAGAUCUAAUAUUGAUGUUCCCAGAUGACAGACGCCAGUUUAACGGAGAAUACGUUCUUAUGGCCGGAAUAUUUGCAUUUGCAGCUGGAUUCAACCCGAGAAACCGGUUGUUGAAGCCCUUAACGUUGGUGCAUGGCCCAGUUCCAGAGUAUAAGGAAAAGUUGCAAAUGCACAUGAAUAGAUUUUUUGAAAUGCACAAGAUUGGGAAGCUAGUGAUGCGGCUCAAUUUCUCAUUCCAAACGCAUCCCAAAUUGUAUGUGACCGACGACAACAAGGGCUUGGCCACAGAACAAAUCUUGGCUAAGACUUUGGAGCAAUUGCGUGGAGGACGAGAUCUGUACUACAGAUCGGAACGGCAGUGUUUAAUUAAAUUGGGUCCCAAGUCUCAGGCUAUGUGUUUUUCUAUCAGGACUUAUCUGUGGAACAUGGCAGAUCAAUUUUUGACUGACGAUUUCUAUUCCCAGAGCGACGUUUUACAAGACAUGUACGAUGCAGUCGACGGUAUGCAAGAAAACGUUAGCCAAUACAAACGGCGUCCCGAAUGGGGUCCUGCAGUGUUGCAACUUUUACGAAACAAAAUUCAAGGGCAAAACAAGACUAACUAG